AACAAUCCUGCUUGUUUUUACUGUAUAAAUUAAUAAAAGGAUGACUUUGCGACCCAAUCAGACGAUCUACAUCAACAACCUGAACGAGAAGAUUAAGAAGGAAGAGCUGAAGAAGUCGCUGUACGCGAUUUUUUCGCAAUUCGGCGAAAUCCUGGACAUUGUGGCCCAAAAAUCCCUGAAAAUGCGUGGCCAAGCAUUUGUGAUAUACAAAAACAUUAAGAGUGCCACUACUGCCCUGCGCACUAUGCAAGGAUUCCCCUUUUACGACAAGCCCAUGAAGAUAGCCUACUCCAAAUCCGAUUCAGAUAUAGUGGCUAAGAUGAAGGGAACCUUCAAGGAGCGCCCGAAGAAGACCAUGCCAACCAAAGACUCGUCUCCACUUGCCGCCGGAAAACAGAAGAAAAAAAAGGUGAUCAGUGCUCUAAGCUCGGAUUUGAGUAAGGAACAGCCUCCUAACAAGAUCCUCUUUGUCACCAAUCUGCCCGAGGGAACCAAUGAGAUGAUGCUUGCCUUGCUCUUCAACCAAUUCCCUGGCUUCAAGGAGGUGCGACUCGUCCCGAAUCGCCAUGACAUCGCCUUUGCGGAGUUCAACACUUCAUUGCAAAGUAGUAUUGCCAAGGAUACACUGCAGGGAUUCAAGGUCACGCCCAACCACAUCAUGAGAAUCACUUUCGCCAAGAAGUGAGCUUGUUAAUUAGUUAAUUGAAGAAUAAGUAUUUAGCCACAAAUUUAACAUAAAAAAAAUCAUGACCUCCACUUUCUUGUUUAUAAAAUUUUAUCAAUAUUUACAAAUAAA